AUGGAGAACAGUGCUUUGCAAUCCCGACAUAGUAUGUCUUCAAUCAGCACAGCAGCACAACCUAAUGAUCAGCAUGCUUCUGGAAGUAGCAGCUCCCCAAAUGAAUUUGUAAAUCAAGGUCUUCUACUAUGGCACCAGACUAGACAACAAUGGAUUGGGAAGCGAAGGCGUAAUUCUCAGGGUCAACAAAGUCAAGAACCAAACAUAAGUUGUAAUGCUACAUAUGAGAGCCUGCUCGGAAGCUCGAAACCAUUUCCACAACCGAUCCCUCUUGGUGUAAGAUACCUUGAAAAUCUACAUUCCAUCUUCCAUUUUUUGACAUAUGCGUCCUGUUUAGACAAUGCAUUGACUUCCCUGGGUUGUCUCCUGUCAGGAAAUGGUGGAUUUCCUCGUGGUCAGCUGGGAGCAGGAAGGCCUAUACGAUUAGAGUUGGUUAUUGGAAGUGUGUUGUUUGAAGUCACGUUAUGA